UGGCUACCUUUGUCCGUGUCGAAGUAGUCGAACCGUCGAUCGCCUUACAAAUACAAUUAUUAUUGUAUGCCACGACAGAAACUGUAAUAYACUGAUAUCAUUUUUAUUAUUGUUGUGAGAUUUUGUUUGAAUUCUCCCCUAUCGCUGAUUUACGGAGGCAAUCCGCCAGGCGCCAAUCCCCAUCCCAUUUAUUUACCCAGAGUCUAACAUAGUAACAUCGUUAUAGACAGCCUGCAUUCGAAAUUCUAAAAAUCCAAAUUAAAAUUAUAAAAUAUCCAUUCACAAGUCACAGCAACGCCGAUUGUGCAGUGCACCAUUGGAUUUCAUACGUUUGUUGGUCCAUUGAGGCUAAUAUGAGUUCCAUUUCAAACGUCGAAAACCUGUCACCGCAGACUAUCCGCAGGUUAGUCCGGGAACAAGAAGACCUGAUAAAAGACCCUCCAGAAGGCAUACGGAUUGUCGUCAACGAUUCUGAUGUCACUGACAUCCAAGCAUUCAUCGAUGGUCCCGGUACACCUUAUGCAGGCGGUCGGUUCAAUGUAAAAUUGGUGUUGGGCAAAGAUUUUCCACAUACACCACCUAAAGCAUAUUUCCUUACCAAAAUUUUCCACCCAAAUGUAGCUAGUAGUGGUGAAAUAUGUGUCAACACUUUGAAGAGGGAUUGGAAACCAGAUUUAGGAAUAAAACAUAUUCUUCUUACGAUCAAAUGUUUAUUAAUAGUACCAAAUGCAGAAUCUGCUUUAAAUGAAGAAGCUGGCAAAUUACUAUUAGAAGAAUAUGAUCAUUAUUUCCAAAGAGCUCAAAUGAUAACAGAAAUUCAUGCUCCGAUACCUAAAAGUAUGAAGAUAGGAAGAGAAGAAGAUUCAAGUGAUGGUCCAUUAGCAAAAAAACAUGCUGGUAAUAAAACAAUAGAAAAGAAAAGAAUUUCAAAAGAUAAAAGAAAAACAUUAAAAAGACUUUAGAGUAUGAAUAUUUAAACUUGUAUUAUAUUAUAUUGGGUGAAACUCAACCAUUUGUCAUCAUUAUAUUUUAUAGCACCUUGAAACCCUACUAAAAACUAGAUUUUUCCAAUUUGUGUGUAUUUUUUUGUUUGGUUGCUGUAUAAAAAAAUUAAGAUUCAAUUAUUUUGUGAAUUCAAACAAG